AUGAUUGCUAGAGUUAGGCUAGGCAUUCUGAGAGUUAUUGUAGUAGAUGUGUUAACAAGAAUUACUACAUCUGAUUCUUCAUCUUCAAUUAAAGAAGACAAUGCCAAUGUCAAGAUUAUAGACUCAAAACCUGAAGAAAUGCAGAACAUACAAUCUGAAACAGAAUCAGUUGCUGUAUCAUCACCUAGUACUAGUACAACAUCUACUCAACAGCACCAGCCGUCUGUUGUCACGUCGUCUGAUAAUCUUAUUCCUUCUAAUGUACUACCCUCCAAAGCAGCUCCAUCAUCACUAGAAACCCUUAUUGCAGAUGUAAACCAAAAAAGAAAAUUGGUUAGGCUUUUGGAUGAAGAACUCUUCAAGGUUCGUGCUAAUAAUUCAGAAACAGCUGAAAAAAUUCGACAAACUCAAGAACGUAUGCUGAUGCGUCAAAAAGACCAAAAGCAACUUGUUGAUAAUUAUACUGAACACAUUCGUUUACGCCGUGCUACCCCUGAUGACGUUAGCACGAUUCACAAAAAACUUCAAGACCUUAAAGUUAUGAUCAAGACACUAAGUGUCUCACUUACAAAGCAAUGUGAUCCUGUUAUAGCAACAAAAGCCAUUAGCACAUUUUGGGUUAACUUGAAUGAAGCUAUUCAUAAAUUAGGUGAUCCACUUCCUAAAAACCGAAUUGAGAUGCUUACAGAAAAAUUCUUGAUGGAUGUGCUAGUUCAAAAUAUGAAUUAUAAUGCCUUUACAGGUUUAAAAAUUUCUCAAUCCUAUACCCAACUUCAAAUGUGGUUUGAACGAUACGAUCCUAAUUUUUGUACACGAUUUAGACAGGAGAUAGCUAAAGUAGUUGUGUCAGGCAAUCUUCCUGGAUCAGAUAUUCAACAAGAAAUUCAAAAGCUAAAUAAACGUAUGUACAAUUCUUUAUAUAGCUCUCUCUUAAAAGCAUUCCCUUUCAUGGAUCAAAAGAAUGAUGAAUCAACAGGCAAAAAGGAUUAUUGUUCAGUUAUGUUGAAACAGAUGGUAGAACAAGCCUCUCAAAUAGGAUAUGCUAUGCGUGGUCAGGAGAUAGAGAUUGCAGCAGCAGCAGUAGGUGAAGGCUCUGAACAAUUAGACCUGAAAACAAUGGUAGAUGAAGAUGGUCAAACGUCAGGCAUUAUCCAAUUUUGUGUUUGUCCUCCUUUUAUUAUGUAUGGUAAUCGUGUUGAUAUUUUAGAGAAAGCAAGAGUAUUGUGUUCUCCUUUACCUUCUUCUGAUUUAAAUGUGUCUGACAAUGCUAUUACUUCUUAA